CGGGGGAGCGAGAACCGCGUUGCACCGGCGCGCCCUCCCCUUCCCGGCGGAGGCAGCGCCACGUCUCGGGCAGGAGCCGGGCGCCGGACGGGCGGCCCCAGGUCUGAAGAGGUGUCGCCGGAGGAUGCAGCUCUUUGGUGAUAACAGCUUUGGCAGCAAGCUGUUUUCCUGAUCUCCUGGAAUUAUUGUCUGCCUGAUACACAUCAACAGCUGUAAAGCUCAGAACUGUGCUCCUUUGUAACAUCUUCAUGCUGUUGUUGCCGAUGGAGAGAAACAGGACUUAGUAGUUCACCUGGUGGCAAAUUUUUCAGAAGAAAAACUUUCGAGAGGUCUGUAUUUUUACCAUGGACUCCUCAUCGAUUCAGCAGGACCUUCACUUGGAGAACACCAGCAGGAAUGGAGCCCCUAGCAGCUCUGGAGAGUUUUUGGAUUGUAAAGCCAAGACAGAGUUGCCAGUUACAACAGAUGACGUUAACACUACCAGUAUUAACAGCAACGAAGUGCCAAAUGAAGAGCAAAGUCUGGAGACAAACAGCAAAGCAGAUGCCUGCCAGAAUGGGCCAGAGUCGUUCUUCCCUGACUCUCCUGUAUCUUUUGACCCCACCAGCAGUGCACAGGGUCAAGAGUCGUCCCCAGGUGUGACUGGUUUCCAUGACAGCCUAAGGAAGUCUCAGGGAACUAGUGCUGAGGGCAUAGUUCUUAGGAAAGAAGCUUUGCAGUCUCUCAAACUAAGUCUUCCCAUGCAAGAAACUGAAUUGUGCUCAGUAGAGUCUUCACUCCCAUUGGAGAAAGAAGAACAAAUAAGACUGCAAGCAAGAAGGCGGCUAGAGGAACAGCUCAAACAAUACAGAGUGAAGAGACAUCAGGAAAGAUCAAAUCAGUCUACAUCCAAAAACCGGCCCUCCAGCACUUUAGAUCCUGAGCUGAUGUUGAAUCCAGAAAUCUUGCCAAGAGCUAGCACUGUAGCAAUGACAAAAGAAUACUCCUUUUUGAGGACCAGUGUCCCAAGGGGCCCAAAACUGGGUAGCUUGGGACUUCCAGCAUCCUCAAAAGAGAGAAGAAGUUCAAAAUCUAAGCCCAGUAAGAUCCGGUCCUUGGCUGACUACAGAACUGAAGAUUCAGGCACUACAAACACUGCUGGGAAUUUCGUGGCUACUGAUUUACCUGGCGGCACUCUGAAGCAAAGCAGAAGCGGUCCAGCAUCAGUUGUUUCUGAGAUUAGUCUGGCCUCUGACACAGAUGAUAGAAUAGAGAAUUCCUCCUUGGCAGGAGAUAGUGUUUCGGAGAUUGAUGGGAGUGAAGUGGGAAUGAGACUGGAUGGAAAUGAGAGUGACAGUUCUUCUUACAGCAGCGUAUCAGGAAAAGGGCUGUAUAACAGCUUACAGAAUGCAGAAGGCAAACAGGGUAUUCCGUAUACAAUAAACGGUCAGAAGAUACAGCCUGAGGCAAUGGGGCAAUUUCCUUCCAUCAGUGAGGUGCUACAGGCGGCUGCAGUUGAGCAUCAAGCUCCAGAGCAAGAAGUUAAUGGGGAAGUACGAAGUAGGAGAGACAGUAUUUCUAGCAGUGUUUCUAUGGAAAGCUCUCUCGCAGGAACUCAUGAUGAAAUGUUGCAAGUUCUGAAGGAGAAGAUGAGACUUGAAGGGCAACUAGAAGCACUCUCACUGGAAGCUAAUCAGGCUCUCAAAGAGAAAACUGAGCUACAAGCCCAACUUGCAGCUUUAAACAUGAGGCUUCAGGCGCAGAUGGAGCACAGCCAAAACAGCCAGCAGAAGCAGGAAUCUCUGAGCUCAGAAGUGGCCACAUUAAAGCAGUCUUGCUGGGAUCUGGAACGAGCGAUGGCUGACCUGCAAAAUACUUUGGAAGCAAAGAAUGCUAGUUUGGCUUCUUCAAAUAAUGAUUUGCAGUUAGCAGAGGAGCAGUACCAAAGACUCCUGCUGAAGGUUGAGGAUAUGCAAAAAAAUGUUCUCACGAGAGACAGCACAGUUCAUGAUCUGCGACAGCAGCUGGCUGCCUUACAGAACCAGCUUCAGAAGGUGCAGUUGGAAAGGGCCACACUGACCAACAAACUAAAGGCAUCAGAGACAGAAAUCACAUCGCUCCAAAACGUGCGGCAGUGGUACCAGCAGCAGCUUGUGCUAGCACAGGAGGCCCGUGUCAGGCUGCAGAGUGAGAUGGCCAAUAUACAGGCUGGGCAAAUGACUCAAGCAGGUAUGUUGGAACAUCUCAAACUAGAGAAUGUGACACUGUCUCAGCAGCUGACUGAAACCCAGCACAGAUCCAUUAAAGAAAAGGAACGUAUCGCGGCACAGCUCCAAAAUAUUGAGGCUGACAUGUUAGAUCAAGAAGCUGCCUUCAUGCAGAUCCAGGAAGCUAAAACCAUGGUGGAAGAAGACUUGCAGAGAAAACUAGAGGAGUUUGAGGAUGAAAAAGAACAGCUUCAGAAAAUGGCUGAUUCUGCAACGACAUUGGAGCAAGAAUUGGAACAGGUCAAGUUGACUUUGCAUCAGCGAGAUCUGCAGCUUGAAUCUUUACAGCAAGAACACCUAGACCUAAUGAAGCAAUUUACUCUGACUCAAGAGACAUUGCACACCAAAGAGCAAUCCCUGGAUGACCUGCAAACACAGUAUGAUGAACUGAAAGCCAGAUUAGAAGAAUUCGAAAAUGAUGCUACUUCUAAAGAUGACAUGAUCCAAUAUUUGCAGAAUGAGAAGAUUGUCUUGGAAGUAGCUCUGCAGGCAGCAAAAGCAAGCAAAGAGGAACUUGACAAAGGAACAACACGCCUUGCAGAAGAUACAGAAGCAACAUCAGAAAUCCUGGAACAACUGAGGCAAGAAAUGGCAGUCAAGUCAAGCCAGGUAGAAAAUCUGCAGCAAGAAAAUGCCAGCCUUAAAAAGCAGGUUCAAAAAGUGAAGGAACAGUUCUUGCAGCAGAAGGUAAUGGUGGAAGCUUAUCGAAGAGAUGCGAGUUCUAAGGACCAGCUGAUUAGUGAACUGAAAGCUACGAAGAAGCGUCUGGACUCAGAAGUGAAAGAGAUAAAACGAGAGCUACUGAAAAUUCAAGCUGAAAAACAGUCACUUGAAUCUGAACACUCAAAACUGCAGAAGGAAGUAUCUCAGGUUCACCAGCAGAUGGUGGAAAUAGAAAAUCAUCUCCAGUCAGUACAGAAAGAACGAGACGAUAUGGAAACACGCCUACAGUCUUUGCAGUUUGAUAAGGAACAAAUGGCAUCCCUUGCUGAGGCAAAUCAGGCAUUGAAACAACAAGUAGAACAAAUGCAAGAAGAAGCAAAAAAGGCCAUUACUGAGCAGAAACAGAAAAUGAAGCGUCUUGGGUCAGAUCUGACCAGUGCUCAGAAAGAGAUGAAAGCAAAACAUAAAGCCUAUGAGAAUGCAGUUGGCAUUCUUAGUCGUCGACUACAGGAAUCUCUCACUGCAAAGGAAUCUGCUGAAGUAGAGUUAAGCAAACUAAAAGCACAAAUCACCGAUGGUGGAAACAACCAGGUCGCUCAAGAAAGGAUUCAAGCUCUGGAGACAGAAUUGCGAGCUGUUAGCAGCAGUAAGUUGAUGCUGGAAAAAGAGUUGCAAGAAGUGAUUUCACUUACCAGCCAGGAGCUUGAAGAAUACAGAGAGAAAGUGCUGGAACUUGAGGAUGAGCUUCAGGAAUCCAGAGGCUUCAGGAGAAAGAUAAAACGUUUAGAAGAAAUUAAUAAGAAGUUGGCCCUUGAACUGGAGCACGAACGUGGAAAACUUACAGGGCUCAGUCAGUCCAACGCCGCUUUGCGGGAGCACAACAAUAUCCUCGAAACAGCAUUAGCAAAAAGAGAGGCAGACCUGGUACAACUGAAUCUACAGGUUCAGGCAGUCCUAAAGCGGAAAGAGGAAGAGGAUCAGCAAAUGCAGCAGCUUAUUAAAGCUUUACAGUCUUCCUUGGAGAAAGAGAAGGCAAAAGUGAAAGACCUUAUGAAGCAGGAAGCAGCAGCCAAAGCAGAUGCAGCACAUAACCGCCGUCAUUACAGAGCUGCUGUGCUUGAGCUCACUGAAAUCAAGAAGGAGCUACAUGCCAAAGAACUGCUUGUCCAAGCCCUUCAGGCUGAAGUAGGCAAACUGCAGGUGGAGGAUGAAAAACAUUCCCAGGAGGUAUCACAGUUUCAGGAAGAGCUGGCAGAAGCCAGGUCUCAGCUCCAACUUCUGCAGAAAAAGCUGGAUGAAAAGCUUAGUGAACAGCCUAUAGUAAGCCAAGAGAUGGAAGACCUCAAGUGGGAAGUAGAACGAAAAGAAAGAGAAAUUGAAACACUUAAGCAACAGUUGGAUAUGAGUGAGCAGCGCAGCCACAAGGAGUUAGAAGGGAUACAAGUUGUCUUGCAGAAUAUCAAGACUGAGUUGGAAGUGGUGAGAGAAGACCUCUCAGUGACUCAGAAGGAUAAGUUUAUGCUGCAGGCUAAAGUGACUGAACUGAAGAACAGCAUGAAGUCAUUGCUGCAGCAGAACCAGCAACUGAAGUUAGACCUAAAGCAUGGCAAGAUGAAGAAGAGGAAGGAGUUGAAAGGAGAGAAUAACUCUUCAAAUCCUGUGACUCCAGUCAAGAUUCCUGAUUGUCCUGUGCCUGCUGCUUUGCUGGAAGAACUGUUGAAACCAUCAACAGCUGUGAGCAAGGAGCCUCUGAAAAAUCUGAACAGCUGUCUCCAGCAAUUAAAGCAAGAAAUGGAUAGCCUUCAACGUCAGAUGGAGGAACACACCAUUACAGUACAUGAAUCAAUGUCUUCGUGGACUCAGAUUGAGGGGCAGCUAAUGGACCUUACAUCUACCAGUCCUGCAACUGCAUCAGACCAACACCAGGUUCCUACUGUAGGUGAAACGAAGCAGAAUUGUAGUGUUAGUGACAAGGAAGCUUUGACACUAUAACCUCCUCAUGGGUUGUCUGCCUCCCUAUUGCUUUAAGUAUGUAAACAAAUCUUUAUCAAAGUUAUUUAUUUAUUUCCUUUUUAAAGACAGUGUUCAGAGUUGUGCUUUUGCCUUUAGAAGCAAAGGGCAUGGUUUUGAGAAACUGGUGUCGUAUUAAAUGGAGAACAUGCUAUUCAAAGGGUUUGUUUGAAACCUAACCCUAAUAAUUCUGUCAUACUGGGGACUGCCAAGUGGUAAAGCUCACUCAUUCUGGGAUUUAGUAAAAGAUUCAGGUGAAGGUUUAGAAUGAGGUCAAGAGGAGCAUCUGUUUCCAGGUCUGUAUUUGUUCCAUCUGAAGUUUAAAGUAUCAUCCGGGUUUUGGUGGGUUUGUUGUCUUUUUGUUUUGUUAUUUUUUAAUUUAGGGGGUGGGGUGUUGUUUUCCUCCAUCUUGGGUUGUAUCCAAAUCACAGGGACAAAUAAGUUCUGCUUAUGUUCAGCCAUUAGCAGUGCAUGAGAACUGGGUAUUCUGAGCAUCCUCUCUCCUUCCUCUUAAAAUCUGUUCUUCAAAUUCAAUGACAGAUAUUUGUAUUUAACAAAAAAUAUGCCAUUUGAAGCCAUUUCUAGUUUUGAAGAUGACCUCUGACCUAUAGGAAAACAAGAUUGUAAAGACAAGCAAUGCAGAGCAAUUGUGUAUCUUUGCCAGAUUUGCCUGGGGUGUUCUCUGAAAUAUCAGUUUUUCUCUUACAGUCACAGGCCAGUAGGGAGCUUUGCUUCACUGCACAAACACUUCUUGCACCUUUUUAGUUCAACUUUUGAAGUAGACACCCUUGAAAAAGGUAUGAGUGUAAUAUAUAUAUAUAUACAAGGAAAGAAAUCAUAAUUUUCUGACUUUGAAUAUCUGUUUUAAUAUGCUUAUAUACUGUAAGUUAUGGCUGACAGGACGGGUUUUUGUUAGUGUCAUUGUUUUAAUGUUACAUUUAAGUUUGCAGUUUCUUGACAUACUGUACAAAUGGCUUAGGGAAAUUAGCCCCUAAAGCCAGAGCUUUUAGAAAGGUAAUUUUUUUUACUUUAAAAGACAAAAUUAUAUGCCUAUAAAAUUAUUAUUUUUAUUAGCUUUACCUUCUCCCACACAUUUCCCCUACUACUUCACCUACAAGGUGUCCAGUCUGAAUGGAAAUGUUGGUGCUGUGGCAGCCCCUCUGCAGAGCACCUUGACUAGAUUGUUAUUAAAGCAGCCCACUUGAGAUUCCUUCAUCUUUGGUCCUGUUGCUCCAUGUGGCUCACAGUGCAGUGAUAAACCCUCUCCUCAUUCAAAAAUGCCCUGUGGAGGUCCUGCUUUGCCUAAUAUGCUAAUUGCUAAAGCACAAAUCAAAGUAUACGUAACAGAUUACUUGGAAGAUUUAGUGGCAAGUCAUGUACUAAUAUAGAGAAAACAGAUCAGUUAUAUCUGCUGUAGUUUGGUGUUUAGAAAAGAAAGAAAUCUAAUCAUUACCAGUAGGUUAAGUGGCUGGGGAAAAAAACAAAAAUCUAGUUCCUGUGUUUUUUCCAAAGAGAAUGUUGCUGCUUUUGGAUGGAUUUGAUGGGUUGGGGGGGAAAAUUAUUGCAGUUUUUUUAGCAGUAAGGCAAAAAAACAGCAAACAAAGAACUCAAACUCACCCAUAUUUAUCCAAAGUCUGAUUUCUCAUAAUUACCAAUUCAAGCUCUAGUCCAGUUGAACACUUUGCACUUAAAAGUGUCCACACUGACCGAUCUCACAGCCCUCAGCUAUUGGAUUUUAACUGACAUUUUAUUUGGAUCAAAGUGAAGUGAUGCUAAAAGUUCAAGGGCUUGCAAUUGAUGAAGGAAGGAAUGCAUUGGUGUGGCAUUAGGUGCCCAUCAUACAGACCUACCAAACAAUUCCAAGAAAACUCAAAAGCUUUACAGACUAGCUCAGGCACGCUCAAAGUCUGCCUACUGCUGGAGUCUACUUUGUGGAGUAAAUGGUACUUGUUCUCUCACUGCUGUCACGUUCUUGAAGUUGCCUGUAUAUAAAGCUCAAAGAAGCUCAAAGCAGUAUUGUUAAGGAACAAAAUUAAAACUACAUAUUUAAUAUAUUCAGUACAAAAAAAGGUUAUCAACCAUUCCUGAUUUUCAGCAGCACUAUUGCAGCCUUACUGUUGCUGUUCAUUUUAAUAAACAGUUAAGAAUCCAUUAUGUUUUAAUCUCUUAAGUUUGGCAACAGUUGGAAGGAUAAAGGUUUUAUCUGGUAUCAAACAGGCCAGAACUGUUAGAAGCCUUCAUAGUUCUUCUGAAUGUCUGCUGUCCUCUUCUUUUUGUAUCAGUAAUCUUACUGGGUUCUGUUUUCAGUGCAGUGUUGCAUUUCCUGACUAUCUCCUUAUAAAGACAGAUGAGCUUAUGCCAUCAAGUAGACUUAGAUGUCUGGUUUUCCUUUUAAAGAGGAGGGAGCUGUUGUGAAGUGCUCAGAUUAGAUUUCUGCAUUGACCCACCUGUCUAUCUCUGAAAGUACUUGGGCAGUAGGUUUUAUAUUCACCCUGUGUUUGUUCCAUGAACAUCUACUUAAAUGAAGGACAGACAGUGAGACUUGAGGGUCUCAAUCUUAUGAAGUACCAAGUCAUUUAAGUUAGGGAACUCACUUGGGAAGCCUUCUAGAAGGAGCACGCAGCAUGUGAUAACAGCAAGGCCUUUUUUUGAAGCUCAUCAGUUACAUUUCUUAAUUACCCAGAGAAAUAGUAGCUGUUUUAUUAAGAAGCUGAGCUAUCCUGAGGCUUAUCCUGAGGCUGAGCAUGUUCUACAAAGCUUCAGGUCUCUGCUGUCUAGGCAAUAAACUAGUUGUAAGAAUGAAAUCAGCCUCCCCUCUGCUUGUCACAGCACUGCCAAAAACUCAGAGAAAAAUCUGAAGAAGAAUCUUUUUAAAGAUGUGUUUUCUUUUCUUUUCAAGCACUGCAAAAGAAUGUAUUAUCUGUGUCUGUUUCUUCAGUGGUUGCUACUUACUAAACCAAGUUGUUGAUGAAGGAGAAAGGUCUCUAAUGUGAGAAUGUUUGCCAAGUGAUGAAAGUUGGUAAAUGCUGCAGCAUUACUUUUUUUCAGAUGCCCUUGGGUUUUUGAGGGCUCUCAAAUAAUUGUGCAUUUAAAAACCAAUAACAACAAACCCUACAGUAGGAAAAAAAAUAUGUUAGUUACUGCAUCUCUGGUGUUGCUGAACAUCGUAAAAUGCUCCAUUCUAUAGUCUUCCAGAUUUCUUGGAAAUGUUUGUGCGCUGUAUUGGGAUCAGCUGAGCCCCUUAUCCACUCAUGCAAUGGGAGGAUCUGAUCCCACACUGUUCAUUCAGGCAAUAUCCUAGCUGAAAUCUACGAGAAUUUUACAUCUGUAAAGAACAGAGUAAUAUCCAGGAUGAAAGUUCUAGUGCUCAUGUUUUCAUGGAUUACUCCUCCGCGAGGGAGUGAACUGCAGUGACAUGGCUGGUUUAAUGUUAGCUCUGACAACAUUAAAGGUCCACUGGGGACAGUAUUAUCAAUAUAAAUGUAGCUGAACGAUGACAAAUUCACUACUGGUGAUGCAAAAGCUUGUGAUGUUUGUCCCAUUAACUUUGCUGGGGGAGUGUGAAUAGUUGCAUGAAAAUAUUUUUAAAUAUUUUCAUGUGAAAGCAGUUGCAGUCCAAAAUAAUUCCAAAUGCUCAUCAGCUUUCAUCUGAUCAGUCUGGUCUCCUACUACUGUGUAACACUUCAGUCUUGGGCAGUGGGGCAGCCUGAAUUCCAGUACAGACGCACAGAUUUCUAGGGGAGGGGAAGAUGUUCUGACAUUGUAACUGAAGUAAUGUUAUGGUUGAUACAUGACAUUCAGUCAUGUCUGCUUUGGCUGUACUUGUAAAGAUAGAAGUUAAUCAUUUCAUGUCCUUGAGUGAAUAACCCAGGGGAUGGAGGAGUUACACUAUGUACAAUUAAUGUUUAUGAUCAUACGAAGCAUGUUGAUUAUAAAAAUAAUGUGCAUAGGAAUUCCUUUAAAAGUUUUGUGCAAUAAACUAUUUUUGGUAAAGGGCUCCAUGUUGUUUCUGCUUUUAAAGA